CCCAUUUUUUCACGUUUUUUUUCAUACUUCUUCAUUAUAUAAUAUUUAUAUGGAUACAUAGACAGUGUGUGUGAGAAAAAAAAAAUUAGAGUGAAAAAAUGGGAGAAGAAAUUAGUAACAAACAGAUCUUACUAAAAGAUUAUGUAAAUGGAUUUCCAAAAGAAUCAGAUAUGGAAUUAAAAAUCAGUAGUAUGAAAUUGAAAGUUCCAGAAGAUUCAAAUACUGUUUUGGUUAAAAAUCUUUACUUAUCUUGUGAUCCAUAUAUGAGACCUCGUAUGAAGAAAACUGAAGGCAGUUAUACCGACUCCUUUACUCCUGGCUCUCCUAUUGUGGGGUUUGGUGUGGCUAAAGUUGUGGAUUCAGCUCAUCCAAAAUUCAAGAAAGAUGAGUUAGUUUGGGGAAUAACUGGAUGGGAAGAAUACAGUGUCAUCAAGGCUCCUGAGACUCUCUUUAAAAUUCACAAUACGGAUGUGCCGCUUUCUUAUUAUACAGGAAUCCUAGGGAUGCCUGGGAUAACUGCUUAUGGAGGUUUUUAUGAGCUAUGCUCUCCAAAGAAAGGAGAAACUGUGUAUGUCUCUGCUGCGUCUGGAGCUGUUGGCCAGCUCGUUGGACAAUUCGCUAAACUUGUAGGUUGCUAUGUUGUUGGAAGUGCUGGAAGCGAAGAAAAGGUUGAACUGUUGAAGAACAAAUUUGGUUUUGAUGAAGCAUUUAACUAUAAAGAGGAACAAGAUUUAUCAGCAGCUUUGAAAAGGUACUUCCCUGAUGGAAUCGAUAUCUACUUUGAGAACGUUGGAGGAAAGAUGCUUGACGCAGUUCUUCUCAACAUGAGAAUCCAUGGACGAAUCGCUGUAUGUGGGAUGAUCUCACAAUACAACCUCGAGCAAAAUGAAGGAGUUCACAACUUGUUCUGCCUCAUCUCAAAACGACUCCGUAUGCAAGGAUUUUUGGCUGUUGACUACUUUCCCCUUUACAAAAAAUUUGUAGAAAUGGUUACUCCACACAUAAAAGAAGGGAAGGUGAAAUAUGUGGAGGACAUAGCUGAAGGAAUUGAAAGUGCACCAGGUGCUCUAGUCGGCCUCUUCUCUGGUCGAAAUGUUGGAAAACAGGUGGUGCUCGUUGCUCGUGAAUAAACUUAUCGAGUGUGUUUGAUACGAUGGAAAAUACUUUCGUCGUGUAACUUAGUACCAACAAAUAACUCUCAUGUAAAUCAUCAAGAUUGAUGUGUAAUUUUCUCCAUCAUACAAACAUAUCUUAUCAAGUAUGCUAAGUUUGUACAAACCAAAAGUUGUAUUGAGUUUUG